AUGUACAUGAACCAAUCCAAGUUCAUCGAUGUCCCAAACCUCAGGAUCCCAGUGUCCACCAAGAUCGCAGCAAACCUGAAAGCGAAUCCAAAGCCAGAAAAGAAGCGACUGUUCUCUACCAUCACAACCACUGCGACCAAAGUUGGAGACGAAACCCCAUCAUCGCCAGAAAACACCCGUUGCAAUCCCAUCAAAGACCGCGGUACCAUCAGCGCGAGCUGGUUCUGCCUCUCGUCUGCUCUGUUGAUCGCUCUGUGUAUUCUCGGCGGCUUCCAGGCAUACUUCUUGUCCAAAGUGGCUGGGAUUGAUGGAAACCCUUUGAGAGUCACAGAGACGGAAAUAUCUACGGUGACGAAGACGGAGUGGUCAGCUACGAAACUGGAGACGACCACAAAGGCCGCAUCUGUUGUUGCCUCCGCGACUGCAAAUGUUGUGGUGGAUGAGUCGAGUAUCGCUUUUCAGCCUGUUCAAGCUAGACAGGUGGAGAGUUCUGCGAAGCUACAGAGGAGGAGCGGAGAGGGUGUUGCGACGUCAACUGCGUUUACAGCUUGA